UGCGUACGUGUUAAAUUAAAAUUUUCGGACAUAGUUUACUGUAUAUGGAUAUUGGAGACAUAAAAAAUAACAAUAUAUUGCUUACGUAUUAUUUCGAUAACUUGACGGAAUAAAAUAUAAUAUGGCACGGACAGAAGUAUAUGCCAUAGUUUUAACAGCAGUGCACUUGGUGCUAGCUACGGUCGAACCGCAACAAACGCGCGUACCCUAUGACGGCGCACAGGUGUGGAGGACCAUGCUUAAAUUUCCACAUGAAUACGAAGUUAUACAACGACUAACAAACGAUACAGAAAUAUCAAUAUGGAAAAUCACCCAAACACACGUAGACUACCUGGUCCACAGUGAAAAUAUGACUAGUGUGCAACAAAUGCUGGCCGAAAACAAAAUGACAUACAUCGUGCUCAAUGAGGACGUAGAAUCAAUUAUACGUAAUACUGUAAUGUCCACACAGUUAUGGGUAGAUCACAGUCCUGGAAUCGGUCACAGACUGAAUUGGAAGAAAUUCCCUUCUCUAGAAGUCAUCAAUGAAUACAUUGAAUAUUUGAAAAUAAAAUAUGCAUCUAUAUGCACCGUUCGCACAAUUGGAUAUUCUAUCGAAAGGAGACCUAUACAGCUGAUACACGUGACCAACGGCGAUCCUUCGAACAAGCCUAUAGUGAUAAUAGCUGGACAACAUGCGCGGGAGUGGAUUGCCAUUACAACGUGUCUUUACAUCCUCGACAGCCUUGUCACCAAGUUUGACAAACAGCCGAAAUAUAUGAAGAAUAAAGAUUGGUACAUAGUUCCGUUGGUGAACCCUGAUGGCUUUUUAUACACCACGUAUGAUCGUAUGUGGAGGAAGAACCGCCGCGUGAUAGAUCACAAGAGGAAAAAUUGUACCGGGGUAGAUCUUAAUAGAAAUUGGAAUAAACGUUGGAAACUUGACCCCGAUUAUUGCUCAAACAUGUACUCUGGAUCAAAACCGUUUUCAGAGCCUGAACUUGCAGGUGUACGGAACCUGAUACAAGAUCUAAAAGAUAAAAACCUAGAGAUGGCGUACGUGGACAUCCAUUCUUUCGGCCAGAGAAUCGGAUACCCUUGGGGCUACACACAUACACCCUCCAAGAAGGCGAAAACACUUAAAUACAUCGCUGCUGGAAUGUCAGAGGCAGCGUUCAAUGCAACAAAACUCAAAUACGAAUAUGAUGCAAUAUCCAAUCUAUACCCUGUUACUGAACGCUUAUAUGGAGUCAGCGUCGACUGGGUUCACUCCUUAGGUGUCACGAGGAGCUUCCUCAUAGAAUGCAGGGACAAUGGAACCCGGGGAUUCGUAGUCGGGGAAGACCAGAUAAAAGUGAACGGUAUAGAAAUAUUAGCAGCCGUGAGGUUUCUAGCCAAAGACAUGGGAUCCCCGAAGUCAUGAGUAAUAAUUGUCGUCUUUCGUGGUUUUGAUUAGUAAUAAAAUAGUUGUU